AUUCAAAUUUCUGCGCAGAUGCUCGACGCUUGCAUGUAAUGGCACCUUAAUAUAUUAGGUAAAUGGAAAAAUGAGAUUGUUAUCAUUAUCAACUAUGAACAGGCAAUCGGUGUUACCGAUUUUACUCGGUAUAUCCUUAACAACUUUUGGAUUAUCAAUGGCAGUUUUGCUGUACACUAUGAUUGAAAAAGAUGAUGAUGAUAGAAAGAAAUAUGGUCGGACAACAUCCAAACGCAAAGAAAUUUGCAUGGAAUUUAAAAUUCCUGAGAAGUAUGUAUCUGCUGUUAUUGGUAAAGGUGGUGCUGUAAUAAGAAAUAUAGAAGAGUUAACCAACACGCUCAUUAAGAUGGAAAAAGCAAAUUUAUAUUGUCCAGAUCGUAUCUGUUAUAUUUGGUCCGAUAACACAGAAAACAUUUAUUCAGCACAGAGUAUGAUACAAUCUAUAAUAAACAAUCUACCUGUCAUUGAGACCUUUGAAUUGUUUGUCCCUUUUGAAGUUUCUAGAAGAAUUUUUAGACAAAAUUGGAAUGAUAUUGGAUUUGCGCAAGAAAUUCAGAAAACUCAUGGUACAAAAAUUAUACUUGAGAGUGAUCCUCAUAAAACUGAAACUGGACUCAAAAGAAGGAUAAUACUAAAGGGAACUGCUGAUCAAAUAGCGGCAGCCAUUAUUCAAAUAGAAGACAAAGUUCAAGAUAAAAUUGAAGCUGAAGUUCAACUAAGAAUGCAAGUUGCGACUGCAAGAAUAUCUAUAUCUGAACUAUCCCGUGUUAACACUGAUAUUAAAAAUACAACAGAGGAUCAUUCUGAUAUUGAAACUUGUAGAUUAUUAGUGCCACAUGAAGCUUGUGGAAGGAUUAUAGGAAGAAAUGGGUACACAGUGCAAGAAAUGGAAAGAUUGUCUGGUGCAAAAAUCAUGCUUGAAAAUGUUGCUAAUAGAUUUGAAAAUGAUCAAAGAAAUGUAACAAUAAUUGGAACUAGUAAACAAAUAGAACUAGCCACUAAGCAGAUAAAAGAUAAAAUUAAAGAGGCAGUUGAAUCUCGUAAUGAAUGGAAUUAUGAAUCUACAAUGACCAUGAAAAGAAUAUCUGAUUCUCCAUGUAACAAUGAUGGUUUAAUGGAAGUAUAUGUAUCUGCAAUGGAAACGCCAAGUUUGUUUUGGAUUCAAGUAGUUGGUUCUACAAAUAUCCAUUUACAACACUUAGUACAUAAUAUGACGAAGUAUUACAAUAAAAAGGAAAAUUGCCAACUUCAUAUCUUGAAAAAAAUAACAAUAGGCCAAAUGGUAGCAGCAAAAUUUAAAUAUGACAACAAGUGGUAUCGUGCAGAAGUAAUAUCCAUUGUGAACUCUUCUGCAUAUAAAAUCUUCUUUGUGGAUUAUGGAGAUUUGGAAAUCGUCCCUGUAGAUGAUAUAUUAGAACUUCGUACAGAUAUGUUAAGCUUACGCCUGCAGGCUGUGGAGUGUUCAUUGGCAAACGUAAAGCCACGAGAAAGCGAAUGGAGCUCCAAAGCUAAUGACAAGUUCGCCGAACUUACUCAUUUAGCGAAAUGGAAACCGCUCAUUGCUCAAGUUAAAGGCUAUAAAGAACGUCCGAUCGGUUAUGGAGGAUCUCGCCGUGAAAAUUCAUUGAUUCCUUGUAUCAAUCUGUAUGACAAAGAUAACGAUAAGAACAUUAAUAUUGGAGACAGUUUGAUACAAUUAGGAAUGGCUCAAAUCGAGGAAGAUAUCCGUUCGGCAGUAAAUUUGGCGUUGUCUCGUGAUAAAUGCGAUCUUCCAUUUAUACCAUUCUUACCUGAUUCUUUAUAUCUUGAUUGAAUGCAGUUCAAUUGUGAUGAAUCCAAUGUCAGUCUGAAGAAAUAAUUGAAUUAUAACGCCACAUUAAAAGAGGGGACACUUCUUUGAUGACCUUGACAUAUGUUAUAGAAGUGAGGGUACUGAUCAACUUUUUCUUGAAUUAAUUGGCGGUUUCAUUUAGUUUUCGAGAUAUAUAUUUACAGAAAACUCAGGUAAAUCUUUACAUUAGAAGACAUCUCUUCGAUGACCUUAACCUUGAUAUAUAUUGUCAUGACUCUCUAAGAAAUUAAACAUUAAACUUAAAACGUUUUUCACUAGGUCGCACUGACAAGUAAACCUAUGGAAGUGACACUCGCCUUUUAUUUUAAUGAAACUUUGCAUAUUUGUAGAACUAUGAAAAAUAUUUGACACGUAUUUUUUUUUUAUCGGCAAAGGUUCGCUCUGAAUGAAAACUAUCCCUUAAAGGUAAAGGAUAGAUUUAAUACAUUAGGUGAAAUAAGUUAAAAAUUUUAAAAAGUAAAGAGGGUUAGCGGGUUUUUGGGGUCGCUGAAACUAACUCUUAUGUCAAAAGUAUGAAAUUCAAAAUGGCCAACUCAAUAUGGCUUAUUUCACCUAAUAUAUUAAAUCUACCCCUUACCUUUAAGGGAUAGUUUUCACCCUUCAGAGCGAACCUUUGCCGAUAAAAAAAAUAUGUGUCAAAUAUUUUUCAUAAUUCUAUAAAUAUGCAGUUUCAUUAAAAUCGGUGAGUGACAUUUCCGUGGGUUUACCUGUGAGUGCGCAUCAAAAACUCGUUCAGUGGCAGCAGCACUGCACGAGGUUGCCAAAAGUGCGAGUUUCUUGUACUCCCAGCUAAACACAUGUGUCGACCUCAGUGCAGUUUUAUAGUAUACAUUUGCCAUUAUAUUUGAUGACAUAAAAUAUUGUGUAAUUUACAUUUUCAUAAUAUGGAAGGAUUUAUGGAGGAGGAUGCAUACAUGUCUACUAUUUUGUAAGCUGUUAUUCUGGAAACGCGAAAAUGACUUUUGAACUGUAACAAUAACAUAAUUACUUGUAGUACUAAUAUUAUUAUACAAUAUA